AUGGCAGGUGAAUUUACAACAACACAAUCCGCUAAAUACAUCGCAAAUUCAAAGGUCAAGUCAUCAGUUUUCGAUAGACCAGGAACAGCUUUACAUAGAGUGGUAGAGAAAGUAGUAGGUUUCACUGGUCUUUUUCCUGCUUCUCCAAAUAAGGAUUUAGAUGAUGAAGAAUAUGUAACUGUUUCUGAGAGAAGCGGAGGGUUUGAAAUAUCCAAGAAAAUCAUUCCUAUUAUCAAAAAGCUUCAAGUUAGAACUGGUGAGAAGGCAUCAGUUGAAGAUAAUUUAGAGUUCUCUUUUAAGAAAUGGGGCACAAAAGUUUCUUAUGAAUUCAAUCAGCGCUUGUUAGAAGAGUUUGGAAACAUGUUUGCUUUCCAAAGCAAAAGUUCAUCUUUAAUCAAUGCCAGACUUGAAGAUUUAUUCCACAAUUUAAAUCUUCUUCAAGAGAAAGAGAAACAAAUAAGCAAGUUAGUGAAAACCAUAGUUUCCCAGAGAGAAACCGUUACUAAAGUAAUAGCUUCUUCGGGACCCAUGUCAUCAACCUCUGAAGCUGAAAGAGAGAAACUAGAAGUUCAUAUUUGGAACGAGAGUAUUUAUGUUCGACAAUAUGAAAGAGCUAUUUCAGGUGGUUUGAAAGAAUCUAUUUAUGAUUGUUUACAAACCCUACAAUCUAUUGGGAUUUCUUUAGAAAAUGAGUCCCGAACAAGUCUUGAAAUGUUGAAGAAACUUGAACUAGAAUUCUUAGAACAAUCACCUCAAAAAUUAAGAGAUUCACCUCUUGAUGUGGUUAAAAACGAAGAUUCAAAGAAGAAAUCCAAGGUUGAUAUAAUUAAAGAUUUUGAAAUGAAAAAUGAAAAUAUUCCCAGAAGAAAACAUCGUCAUUUCCCAGGAACUCCUUGUCCCGAAUGUGACAGUCAACAUAAACAUCCUUAUGAUGUAUCUCAAGCCACAAGAAUUGUUCCCGACUUGAACUUGGGUGAUUAUCAACCUAACGAAUCAUGGUAUUGA